CUUCUGCCUUGUCCCUUACUCUCUCUCUCUCUCUGUCUCUGAUUCUUCGUUUUUUCAUUUUCUAGGGUUUCGAUUUUCUUCUUCUUCUUCUUCUUCUUCUUCUUCUAGUGAAUUCUGAGUUGUAUUACUGAGUUGAAGUGAAAGAGAACCAAGCAAACCAUGGGGUCGAUCCCCGAUCCAGGCGAGUUGACCGAGUUGACUCCGCCGAGUUUCGACGAGUUCCAGAGGCAAACCUCACUGAUGACGAGCUGCACACUUCUCUGGAAGGAGCUCUCCGACCACUUCACUUCCUUGGAGCAGAACCUCCUGAAGAAAUCUGAAGCUCUCAGGAACAAAAUCCAGAGCCUGGACCAAGAAACCAAGGUUUCACUCAGCGAGCUUGAGCAGCGCGAGGUCACUAUCGAAGGCAGCGUCAAGAUCGCCCUCGGGAAGCUCGGGGAGAACAAGGACGCCGCUCUCAUCGCUCUCCGGAAAGUCUCCGGCGAGGACGAGAACGGCGAGGUCGACGACGGCGAGGGGCUGUUGCUCGUGCUGAAGUCGUUUUGCGUGAAAAUGGACGCGCUAGGGUUUUGGAGGUUUGUGACUGGGAAGAAAAAGGAGUUGGAGUCGUUGAGAGCUCAGAUGCCUUUGGCUUUAACUGAGUGCCUCGAUCCGGCGAGGUUCGUGCUCGAAUCGAUAUCGGAGGUGUUUCCGGUGGACAAGAGGGUGGAGAAGAGUGAGAGAGGGAACGAUUUGGGCUGGGCCUGUGUUCUGGUUCUGGAAUCGCUGAUACCGGUGGUGGUGGACCCGGUGAUCGGAAAGUCGAGGCUGCUGGUGACGCCGACCGUGAAGGCGCGCGCGAAGAGGAUCGCGGAGACGUGGAAGGCGAGCUUGGAGGAGCGCGGUGGAAUCGAGAACGUGAAGACUCCGGACGUGCACACCUUCUUGCAACACUUGGUGACCUUCGGGAUUGUGAAGAAGGAGGAUGUCAAUUUGUAUCGGAAGCUCGUCGUCGGUUCGGCCUGGAGGAAGCAGAUGCCUAAGCUCGCCGUUUCGCUCGGCCUCGGCGAUAAAAUGCCCGAUAUGAUUGAGGAAUUAAUCAGCAGGGGACAGCAGCUUGAUGCUGUGCAUUUUACUUAUGAAGUUGGUCUUGUGGACAAAUUCCCUCCUGUUCCUCUUCUGAAAGCUUAUUUGAAGGAUGCAAGGAAGGCUGCAGCUUCUAUUAUGGAUGAUCCCAAUAAUCCCGGCCGAGCUGCGCAACUAGCUGGACGUAAGGAGCAGUCAGCACUUCGGGCUGUCAUCAAGUGUAUUGAAGAGUACAAACUAGAGGAUCAGUUCCCUCCAGAACAUCUUAAGAAGCGCCUUGAACAGCUAGAGAAGGCCAAGACAGAGAAGAGAAAACCAGCAGCAGUCCCUGCCAACAAAAGAACAGCAGCAGUCCUCCCUGCCAACAAAAGAACACGAGCUAACAGCGGUGGCCCCAUGCCUCCAGCCAAGGCUGGACGUUUGACAAAUGCUUAUGUGUCUUCCUUCCCUGCACCACCUACAAUUGUUAGGUCUCCCUCUCAUGCUCAGUACCCUGCUGGCAUCCCCGCAUACCAUUCCCCACCCCCCAUGUAUGGCAGCAGAAGCCCACCAACAAAUCCUUAUGCUUACUCACCAGAAGCAGCCCCACCUCUUGUAUCAUACCCAGUAGCUCCCAUGAACUAUCCUGCAUAUGGAGGCUAUGGCAAUGGAAUUGCACCAGCUUAUCAGCAGGCUUACUACCGAUAGACAUGACUACUCUUUGAAGAUGGUAACCACUGAUAUGAUGACCCCAAAAUCUCAUUUGCUUUCUAAAUGGUUUGUCUGUAAUCACUAACCGUUUAAUGGUAGCGAUGUAUGUGUGUUAAUCGUAACAUUUGUCCUACUUCUUGCUCUGCCAUAGUGAGAAGUUGUAUUUCUAAUGUUGAUCAAACUUUAGAUCUAGGUGACUGUGGAAAGUAAUUAGGAUGGCAAGAAACAGCAUCAAGGACUUGAGGAACUACCGAUGCCGUUUGUUUAGUUAUAGAAACUGCUCUUACUAUUU